CGGGUGCCGGUGCCCAAGAUGGCGGCGCUGGGCCCGUGGCUGUGGCCGGGGGUGACGGGCACGGCGGCGGCUCUGCUGCUGCUGCUGCUGCUGCUGUGGCGGCGGCGGCGGGCGGGCGGCGCGGGCCGGGUGUGCGUGGCGGUGCUGGGGGACGUGGGCCGCAGUCCGCGGAUGCAGUACCACGCGCUGGCGCUGGCCCGGCACGGGCGCGAGGUCUCGCUGCUGGGCUAUCUCCAGAGCCGGCCGCACCGGGACGUGCUGCGGAGCGCCCACAUCCGCCUGGUGCCCGUGGCCGAGCUGCGCGGGCUGCGAGUGGGUCCAAAGCUUUUCCAGUACGUCAUAAAGGUCCUUGUGCAGUCAGUGCAGUUACUGUAUACACUGCUGAGGAUAGAUCAGCCCUCCUAUAUUCUUCUUCAGAAUCCCCCGGGCUUACCCAGUAUAGCUGUUGCCUGGGUGGCAGGUCUGUUCUGGAGAAGCAAACUGAUAAUUGAUUGGCACAACUAUGGAUACACCAUAAUGAGCCUGAGUCAUGGGAGGAACCACCCGCUGGUGCAGAUUGCAAAGUGGUAUGAAAAGCUUUUUGGGCGCUUGUCUGACUAUAACUUGUGUGUCACUGAUGCAAUGAAGGAAGAUCUCUGGAUGAAUUGCAACAUAAAGGCAGUAACUCUGUAUGACAAACCAGCUUCUUACUUUAAGGAGACACCGUUGGACCUCCGGCACCGUCUGUACAUGAAACUCGCCCAGGACUACGAGCCCUUCCGAGCACGUGCAGAGCCUGUGGAUCCCAGAGCUGAGAGAUCUGCCUUCACAGAGAGGGAUGGCAGGGAUGGACCUGUGGUGGAGUCCAGGGGCCGGCCAGCUCUUCUCAUCAGCAGCACCAGCUGGACAGAGGAUGAAGACUUCUCUGUCCUUUUAAAAGCUUUAGAAGACUACGAGAGGUUUAUUGAUGAGGGGGCCAAGCUUCCAGCUCUGGUGUGUGUGAUAACAGGUAAAGGACCUCUAAAAGACUACUACAAUGGACUGAUACAGAAACUGCACUUUAAACAUAUCCAGAUCUGUACACCCUGGCUGGAAGCUGAGGAUUACCCUCUUUUGCUUGGCUCAGCAGACCUGGGGGUGUGUCUCCAUAAAUCAUCCAGUGGUUUGGAUUUGCCCAUGAAGGUGGUGGAUAUGUUUGGCUGCUGUUUACCUGUGUGUGCAAUAUAUUUUGAAUGUUUACAUGAACUCGUGAAACACAAUGAAAAUGGUCUGAUAUUCAGGGACUCGAGUGAACUCGCAGAACAACUGAAGAUGCUUUUCCUGGAAUUUCCGACCCUGGAAGGCAAACUGCACAGCUUCAGACAGAACCUCAGGGCCUCCGAGGAGCUGCGCUGGGACGAGAGCUGGGACCAGACUGUGCUGCCCUUGCUGGGGCACAAGGAAUGACUGUGGGGAAGGAGGGUGGCAAAGCUGAUACAUUCCUGGACUGCAGAGGUUUGAUAAACAGUGAAUAAACACUUUGUAUUGUCUACA